UGGUCUCCAGACUGGAACAGUUUCACUUCCUCUUUGUGCUGAGCUGCUGCUGCCGUCCGGCCGCCUCGCUCCAUCAGUCCAUCGCUCUGCGGCAGACACAGCGACCGGACAGACAGACAGACAGACUGCAGGAGGAAAGCUACAGGACCUGCACAUGGCUGCCCAGUGGCUGAGUUGCGGUGUUGCGGCGCUGCUGCUGACGCUCCACGUCGCUCCAGUCGUCACGCAGUCGACCUGCGAUGCGUCCGGCCGCCCGGGGAUCCCUGGGAUCCCGGGAACCCACGGCUCCAACGGCCGGGACGGUCCCAAAGGGGAGAAGGGCGACUCCGGUGAGGCGGGGCAGCCUGUACAGGGCCAGAAGGGGGCGACAGGCGGGUUGGGCCCCCCAGGACGUCCCGGUCUGAAAGGCGACCCGGGGGAGCCCGGGCCCCCGGGGUCUGCAGGCACGCCGGGGCCGAAGGGAAAAACGCUCGGCUCCAGCAACGAGAAGAAAUCGUUCUUCUCCCAGUACCGCUGGGCCUCGCCCAUGCCAGACAUCGACACGCCGCUCAUCUUCAACAGAGAGUUUCUGUCCGACCUGGAGCCACAGCAGCAAGGAGAGCAGCUAACCAACGGCGUGUUCAGCUGCACCACGAAGGGGGUUUAUUUCUUCACCUACCACAUUACAGCCAGAUCACAGGUGUGUCUGAAGCUAAUGAAGGGGACGGAGAGUAAAGUAACCUACUGUGACACGGCGGAGGGGUUCCUGGUGUCGGCCGGCUCCACGGUCCUGGAGCUGGACGUGGGCGAUGAGGUGUCGCUUCACACCACCAAGCAGAACAGCGUCAUCCCGCAGCACACCAGCGCCAGCCACACCUUCACCGGCUUCCUGCUCUUCCCCACCAGCUAGACCCAGAGCCUCCACACGCCUCCCGGCCGUCCUGCUCUGGGACGGGGGUCCGCGCUCGUGAGCGGCCUUUAACUGAAUCUUUGAUCUGGGUAAAUACACAUCAGUGGAAAACAGAAAAGACCUGCAAACUGUACUUUUGUUUAUUAUAUACUUUUAUUCUGUACUGCACUUUUGACUGUACUUUUAUUCUGUACAACAGAAUAAACUUUUCAAUCCC